AAAGACUCGCACAUCAACCAGUUCUGCAGCACAUGGGGAAACUUUCAUUACAAGACGUUGGAUGGGGAUUUCUUUCAACUUACAUCCACCUGCAACUACAUCCUAACAUCCCAGUGUAAGAGCAGCUAUGAGAGUUUCAACAUCCAGCUUCAGCGACAGGAGGUGGACGGCAUAAUCAGCAUCAAGAAAAUACUGAUGAAACUUGAUGGGGUCAUGGUUGAGUUAGGCAAUCCUCCGAUUAAGGUCAUGAAUACAAAUGUCACCUUACCAUUCAGUCAAGGUGGCAUAUCAAUUGAGGAAACCAUGUCCUACAUUAAAGUUGAGGCUAAGUUGGGUCUGGUUCUCAUGUGGAAUCAGAAGGACUCCCUCUGGGUGGAGCUGGAUGCCAAAUUCAAGAAUCAGACCUGUGGCCUGUGUGGUGACUUUAAUGAAAUCAAGCUUUAUGAUGAAUUCAUCCAGUCAGGGACUUCCAUAAGUUCUGAUGAAUACGCAGAGAAAUGGAAAAUUGAUGGUCCCACUGAAACUUGUAAUGCAGUUUCUUCUCACACUGCAGGGAAUUGCUCAGAUGUGACCAACGUCUGCAAGAACCUGCUGGAGGGACCCGCGCUCCGCAGCUGUGGCAGCUUGAUCGACACUGAGUCCUUCAUCAAAGCCUGUACGAGAGAUUUGUGCACCUGCAAAACCAACGACAGCACAUGCUUGUGUUCCACUGUGUCCGAGUACUCCCGGCAGUGUGCCCAUGCAGGUGGACACCCGCAGCAGUGGAAGACAAAACAACUCUGUGAAAAAACAUGCCCUUUCAACAUGGAGUAUAAGGAGUGUGGUAGUCCCUGCACUGACACCUGCAGAUACCGGCAUAGAAAACAGCUGUGUGAUGAGCACUGCAUCGAUGGAUGCUUCUGUCCCCCUGGAACUGUCUUCAAUGAUAUCUCACAAAGUGGAUGUGUUCCUGUCGAGCAGUGCCCAUGUUUCCACAAAGCCCAGACAUACAACUCUGGGGAAUCAGUCAUGAUGGCGUGUAAAAAUUGCACUUGUUCCAAGGGGGAGUGGAGCUGCACAGAAGUAAACUGCCCUGCUAUCUGCUCCAUCCGAGGAGGCUCUCACUUCUCCACCUUUGAUGAUAACGCAUAUACUUUCCACGGAAAAUGUUCCUACGUUUUGUCCAAGGAGAAAUACAGUACUUUUACUGUGCUUGGUGAUUUUGACAAAUGUGAAAGAUCCGAAAAAUCUACUUGUUUGUCUGCCGUCACUCUGCUGUAUCAAAAUCAAACGACAAUUGAAGUUAAAGAUAAUGAUGUAGUCGUAUACAACCAACACGAAUUUAAACUUCCCCUUUUCCUGGAUGACAUUAAAAUCUUUAGCCCAUCCACAUUCUUUAUUGUAAUCCACACAAGCUUUGGGCUUGAUCUUGAGAUUCAGCUCGUACCGAUUAUGCAGCUCUACAUCAGAGCUGGUGUCUCCUUGAAAGAAAAAGUCAUGGGUCUUUGUGGAGAUUUCAAUGAUAACUCAGGGGAUGACUUUAAAACUACAAGUGGACUACUUGAAAAAACAGCAGUGGCAUUUGCUAACACGUGGAGGGCCAAACCAAUAUGCCCAGAUGUUAAAACUGACCUUGUGGAUCCCUGCUCUUUAAGCAUUGACAAGGAAAAAUAUGCAAAAGACCAGUGCUCCCAGCUGACAAGCACAAACAGCAUUUUUGCAGCUUGCCAUUCUAAAAUAGACCCAGAAGAGUAUGAAACCUCUUGCAUGUAUGACACUUGUGCCUGUGAAAACAGCGAGGACUGCUUGUGUGCCUCCUGGUCUUCAUAUGUCCAUGCAUGUGCUGCUGAAGGUGUAAUCCUAAAAGGAUGGAGAAAAGAUAUCUGCAGCAAAUAUACCACAGACUGCCCUCACACGUUUGUGUACAAUUACAACAUGACAAGCUGUGGUCGAACUUGUAGCUCCCUGAGUCAGUCGGACUUUAUGUGCGAGGUUAGGUUUACCCCCGUUGAUGGCUGUGGCUGCGAUGAAGGAACCUUUCUAAAUGAAAAAAGAGAAUGUGUACCAGCUUCAAAGUGCUCCUGUCAAGUAGGAAAAACAAUUAUACAGCCUGGGGACAAGGCCGACAUCCAAGGACAAGUUUGCUCCUGUCACGCUGGAAAAUUAAGUUGUGAAGGAGAACAAAGAAAUCAGACGUGCACCAGUCCAAAGGUUUUCUUCAACUGCUCCAAUGCAAAGUCAGGUGAAAAGGGAUCUGAGUGCCAGAAGAGCUGCCAGACAGUGGACACUGAAUGUGUGAGUUCACAGUGUGUUCCAGGGUGUGUCUGUCCCAAUGGCCUGUUGUCAAAUGGGAAUGGAGGCUGUGUGAGGGAGGAAGACUGUCCCUGCCCACAUGAUGGAAAAUAUUAUGAUCCAGGAACGAACAUCACUGUGGACUGUAAUAAAUGCACAUGCAAAAACAGGAAAUGGGAAUGCACUGACAACGACUGUGGUGGAACCUGUACCAUAUAUGGAGAGGGGCAUUACAUCACUUUUGAUAAAAAGAGAUUUGCGUUCAAGGGGGAUUGUGGCUACAUCUUCUCUCAGGACUACUGUGGAGACAAUGUGAAUGGUACCUUCAGGGUCCGGAUUGAAAACAUCCCAUGUAUUGGAAGUGAAAGCAUUUGCUCUACCAGCAUCACGCUUUACUUGGGGAGCAAAGAAAUUCUUCUGUCAGAUGAAAAUGUCAAAGUUAUCAGUCAAGGCAAAGGGAUGGACGUACCCUUUAAAGUUCACACUAUGGGUAUAUAUAUUGUCAUUGAAGCCAACAAUGGCCUUGUCCUCAUCUGGAAUAGGAAAACAACACUCAUGAUCAAGCUCAGCUCCACAUUCAAGGGCAAAGUCUGUGGCCUGUGUGGAAAUUAUGACGGGGCUAUCAAGAAUGACUUCACCACCGGAAGCAGUGAAAUUGUAAUUAAUCCAGCAGUGUUUGGAAACAGCUGGAAGUUAUCAUCAACCUGCCCAGAUGUAAACACAACACAGAACCCCUGCUCUCUGUACUCGCACAGACGUGCAUGGUCAGAAAAACACUGCAAUAUCAUCAAAAGUGAAGUGUUUUCUGCCUGCCAUGACAAGGUUGAGCCCGGCCAAUACUAUGAUGCUUGUGUGACAGACACAUGUGCCUGCAACACUGGAGGAGAUUGUGAAUGUUUCUGCUCAGCUGUAGGAGCAUAUGCAGCCGCAUGCAAUGAGGCUGGAGCCUGUGUGAAAUGGAGAACACCCACCAUCUGCCCUUUGUUUUGUGAUUAUUACAACCCUGAUGGAGAGUGUGAGUGGCACUAUGCUCCAUGUGGAAAAUCAUGCAUGAAGACAUGUAGGAAUCCUUCAGGAAAAUGUUACAAUAAGCUUCCAGCACUGGAAGGCUGCUAUCCCACAUGCCCACUCGAACAACCUUACUUCGAUGAAGUUGCUAUGAAAUGUGUGUCCGGAAAGGAGUGUGGCUGCUUUGAUAAAGAUGGAAAGCCUUAUAAAGACGGAGAUUCAAUGCCUUCUGGAGAAAUGUGUCAAAAGUGCUAUUGUAAUUCAAUGAUGUCAAAGUGUGAAUAUGAUGUGAAUGCUUGCACCUGUGUCUACAUGAAUAACACCUACAAAUAUGGAGAAAAGGUUUAUGGCACAACAGAUGGCGAUGGAACCUGUAUCUAUGGUGUUUGUGGAGAGAAUGGAACCAUUAUAAGAAAAAUAAUUGAGGAUUGCCCCUCAACUACGACUGAACCAACAACAGUCUUUAUUUUUACCACAACAGAAAGAACUAAACAAUCCAUUUCAACAAGUAAACCUAUUCCUAAUGUCACAACUCAGGCUGUUACUACAAUUUUGACUUUCUCAACUCCAAGAGUUUCAACAAAGUCCAGGACUACACCUUUGCCUAUAAUCUCAUCAUAUCCAUCUUCAUCAACCACUACACUAACUGAAAACCUCACAACUACAGUAACAAUCAAAACACCUCACACUGAGGCUAUGUCUUCCAGUCCAGAAACAUCCACAACAAUUACCACCACAACUGCUACUACUACACAAGAAUCAACCACAGGAAACUGUGAAAUUUGCAAGUGGUCUGAAUGGACAAGCAGAAAUUACCCUGGGCACAAUCCAGAUGAUGGAGAUUAUGAAACAUUGGCUAAUAUUUCUGUUGAAGAUUUGGGUGUUUGUAUAAAACCUCGCGCUAUUCAAUGUCGAUCUGAACCCUAUCCAGAUUUGGAUUUAAAGGAAUUAGGUCAACAGGUAACAUGUAAUCUUAAAGACGGACUAAUCUGCAAGAAUAAGGAUCAAACCAAAAUUUUUCCCUGCACUAAGACACCUGAAACCAUGACAUUACCUACUGAAAAAGUCACCUCAAAACCUCACACAGAGAAAACUACACCAACAAAAGAGACUGAGAAAACCUCAACUACAGUAAUUAUUACAGAAAAAUCCUCUACACUUCAUAUUGUAACUGCACCCCCAACCACAGGCACACAGACCCCCAAAACUGCACCAAUAAUUACAGGAAAGUUUACCACAACCCCUUAUAUAGAAACAUCUACCAAAGUAACACAGACAGAAAAACCAACCACUACUACAACUGUUACAGACAAAUCUAAAACACCACAACCAAAAACUACAACCCCAUCCACAGGCACUAAGACACCUGAAACCAUGACAAUACCUACUGAAAAAGUCACCACAAAACCUCACACAGAGAAAACUACACCAACAAAAGAGACUGAGAAAACCUCAACUACAGUAAUUAUUACUGAAAAAUCUUCUACACUUAAUAUUGUAACUGCACCCCCAACCACAGGCACACAGACCCCCAAAACUACACCAAUAAUUACAGGGAAGUUUACCACAACCCCUUAUAUAGAAACAUCUACCAAAGUAACACAGACCGAAAAACCAACAACCACUACGACUGUUACAGACAAAUCUAAAACACCACAACCAAAAACUACAACCCCAUCAACAGGCACUAGGACACCUGAAACCAUGACAAUACCUACUGAAAAAGUCACCACAAAACCCCACACAGAGAAAACUACACCAACGAAAGAGACUGAGAAAACCUCAACUACAGUAAUUAUUACAGAAAAAUCCUCUACACUUCAUAUUGUAACUGCACCCCCAACCACAGGCACACAGACCCCCAAAACUACACCAAUAAUUACAGGAAAGUUCACCACAACCCCUUAUAUAGAAACAUCUACCACAGUAACACAGACAGAAAAACCAACCACUACUACAACUGUUACAGACAAAUCUAAAACACCACAACCAAAAACUACAACCCCAUCCACAGGCACUAAGACACCUGAAACCAUGACAAUACCUACUGAAAAAGUCACCUCAAAACCUCACACAGAGAAAACUACACCAACAAAAGAGACUGAGAAAACCUCAACUACAGUAAUUAGUACUGAAAAAUCUUCUACACUUAAUAUUGUAACUGCACCCCCAACCACAGGCACACAGACCCCCAAAACUACACCAAUAAUUACAGGAAAGUUUACCACAACCCCUUAUAUAGAAACAUCUACCAAAGUAACACAGACCGAAAAACCAACAACCACUACAACUGUUACAGACAAAUCUAAAACACCACAACCAAAAACUACAACCCCAUCCACAGGCACUAAGACACAUGAAACCAUGACAAUACCUACUGAAAAAGUCACCACAAAACCCCACACAGAGAAAACUACACCAACAAAAGAGACUGAGAAAACCUCAACUACAGUAAUUAUUACAGAAAAAUCCUCUACACUUCAUAUUGUAACUGCACCCCCAACAACAGGCACAGAGACCCCCAAAACUACACCAAUAAUUACAGGAAAGUUUACCACAACCCCUUAUAUAGAAACAUCUACCACAGUAACACAGACCGAAAAACCAACAACUACUAUAACUGUUACAAACAAAUCUAAAACACCGCAACCAAAAACUACAACCCCAUCCACAGGCACUAAGACACCAGAAACCAUGACAAUACCUACUGAAAAAGUCACCACAAAACCUCACACAGAGAAAACUACACCAACAAAAGAGACAGAGGAAACCUCAACUAAAGCUAUUAUUACAGAAAAAUCCUCUACACUUCAUAUUGUAACUGCGCCCCCAACCACUGGCACACAGACCCCCAAAACUGCACCAAUAAUUACAGGAAAGUUUACCACAACCCCUUAUAUAGAAACAUCUACCACAGUAACACAGACCGAAAAACCAACAACUACUACAACUGUUACAGACAAAUCUAAAACACCACAACCAAAAACCACAACCCCAUCCACAGGCACUAAGACACCAGAAACCAUGACAAUACCUACUGAAAAAGUCACCACAAAACCUUACACAGAGAAAACUACACCAACAAAAGAGACUGAGAAAACCUCAACUACAGUAAUUAUUACCGAAAAAUCCUCUACACCUCAUAUUGUAACUGCACCCCCAACCACUGGCACAGAGACCCCCAAAACUGCGGCAAUAACUACAGGAAAGUUUACCACAACCCCUUAUAUAGAAACAUCUACCACAGUAACACAGACCGAAAAACCAACAACUACUACAACUGUUACAGACAAAUCUAAAACACCACAACCAAAAACUACAACCCCAUCCACAGGCACUAGGACACCUGAAACCAUGACAAUACCUACUGAAAAAGUCACCACAAAACCCCACACAGAGAAAACUACACCAACAAAAGAGACAGAGGAAACCUCAACUAAAGCUAUUAUUACAGAAAAAUCCUCUACACUUCAUAUUGUAACUGCACCCCCAACCACAGGCACACAGACCCCCAAAACUACACCAAUAAUUACAGGAAAGUUUACCACAACCCCUUAUAUAGAAACAUCUACCACAGUAACACAGACCGAAAAACCAACAACUACUACAACUGUUACAGACAAAUCUAAAACAACACAACCAAAAACCACAACCCCAUCCACAGGCACUAAGACACCUGAAACCAUGACAAUACCUACUGAAAAAGUCACCACAAAACCUCACACAGAGAAAACUACACCAACAAAAGAGACAGAGAAAAUCUCAACUAAAGCAAUUAUUACAGAGACACUUGCACCAACAAUGAAGACUGAAAAACCUACAACCACCAUAACAAUUACAGAGAAAUCCACUACAUCUCAUAUCAGACCACAUACCCCAACAAUAGUCACUGAACUCCCCGAAGCAUCUUCCCCAAUAACAGGCACGAAACUGUCCACAGCCACAACAGUGACAGAAAAAAUAACUACACCACAUAUCGAAGUCACUACUCAAACAACAGGCACUAAAAAAGAAGAAACCACAACAACAAUUCUAGAGGAGUCCACCACAAUUACUGGAAAACCCACAACACCAUGGAGGACAACUGUUUCUUCAACUACGAUCAAAACAACAGAGAGACAUGGUGUUGAAAGUACAACUGGAGAAUUUUCAACACCUGGCCAAACCACUGUGUGCUCCUGCAAAUACAUGAAUCUUACUUUCUCACCGGGUAGCUUCAUGUACAACAAAACUGAUGGAGAAGGCUGGUGUUUCACUGCAUACUGCAAUUUGACAUGCGGUGUAGAAAAGCAUGUCAGACCAUGUCACACUACAACUCCACCAAGUGCUCCAGCUACCACAACAAGUCCUGGUGCUACAACAACCAUUGGUUCAACAACACCUAAAAGGACUGACUGUUCGUUUCUUACACCGCCGAGAAAGGACGGUGAAUCCUGGAGUUCAGACAAAUGCACCAAAAGCACCUGUAAAGAUGGCAAAGUGAUCAAUGAGUAUGUGCCAUGUAAAACAACACCCAUACCCGUUUGUGAUAACAAGUAUGAACCUGUUAAGAUUUAUGAUGAAGGAGGCUGUUGUUUUCACUAUGAGUGCAAAUGUAUUUGUUCUGGCUGGGGAGAUCCGCAUUACAAAACAUUCGAUGGUCAAUAUUAUAGUUUCCAGAAGAACUGCACGUACGUCUUGGUCAAAGAGAUAAAUCCCAGAUACAAUUUAACAGUUCUCAUCGACAAUGAAAAUUGUGAUUCCUCUGGAACUGUGACGUGCCCCAAAUCUUUGAUUGUAUAUUACAAAAAUGAUAAAGUCACACUCUCACAAACGAGAAAGCCGAGAACUCAGAACCUGGUUUUGAUUAAUGGCACUAAAGUGACUCCAACCUACUCAAAUGAUGACUUCAUUAUUACAGCUUCAGCAAUUCAGAUGGUUAUGAAAAUCCCAAAGAUUGAAGGCAUUAUUACAUUCACAGGUCUUACAUUCAGCAUUGACUUGCCAUUUUCACUUUUUCACCACAACACAGAGGGGCAAUGUGGUGUCUGUGACAAUAAUACCAGUAAUGACUGCAGGUUACCAAAUGGUGAGAUCCAUCCAUUGUGCUCUGACAUGGCAUACACGUGGCGCGUAAAUGAUACGAAUAAGCCAUAUUGUGAUAGGCCGCCUUCUACACCCCCACCUUCAACAGGACCACCAACAACACCAUGCAAAUCCACUCUCUGUGAAAUAAUAAAGCAUGAGAUGUUCAAGGAAUGUCACAACAAAAUACCAUAUGAGUCAUUUUAUGAAGCUUGUAAAUUUGAUAUUUGCAACAUGCCAAAUUCCAGCAUUGGUUGCUCCAGUCUGGAGACAUAUGCAAUGAUGUGUGCUAGUGCAUCUGUUUGCAUAGAAUGGAGGAACCUGACCAAAGGACAGUGUGAUUACAAAUGUCCAAACCAUAAAGUCUACAAGCCUUGUGGACCAACUACUGUAGAGACUUGCAAUACAGGAUACAAUAACAAGCUCAAACAGGAGUGUAAAGGAGCAGAAGCUGUUUGCAGUGGAAUAACAGAGGGAUGUUUCUGCCCUGAGGGGAAGAUUUUGUUUGGUCCAGGCUCUGAUGUCUGUGUCUCAUCCUGUUGCUCUGGACCUGAUGGUGAACCUAAACAGAUUGGAGACACAUGGAAAAGUGAUUGCAAGCAGUGCAGUUGUGACAAGGACACUCUGAGUGUUUUGUGUGAGCCCCUGGUGUGCCCCACACAAGAACCAAUAAAAUGCACAGAGAUCGGCGAGGUGUUGGUAAACCGAACAGUUAACUGCUGCCAGGAACUGAAGUGUGAGUGUGAUAAGAACCGCUGCCCAUUACCAAUGGUGGUUUGUGAACCUGGCUUUGAGAUAAAGGUCAAUGUCUCCAAUGAACGCUGCUGCCCCACCUACGACUGUAUACCAAAACAUGUAUGCGUCUACAAUAACACGGAGUACAGGCCAGGUACUGACUUCUCCAAAAGCCCAUGUGAACACUGUCACUGUACCGAUGAAAAGGAUCCCAAGACUAAUCUGAACACCGUGGAGUGUAACCAAAUACAGUGUUACAUCGUUUGUAAAGAGGGUUACGUGCAUGUAGAUCAGCCUGGACAAUGCUGUGGGUCGUGUAUACAGACAAGCUGUAUAUUUGAUGUCCCGGGCUUGAAUUCUCCAGUAAUUCUUAAGCCUUCACAGUCGUUUUCACCACCAAACGACAAGUGUACCACAUAUGAUUGCCGGAAGGUGAAGGAUGAGUUCAUGGUUCUCAGAAACCAAACUUCAUGCCCUGUGUUUGAUCCAGAAAACUGCGUUCCAGGAACAGAAACGAGUGACAUGAACGGAUGCUGCAAAACCUGUACACCUCGUUACACCUGUCAGCUGCACAGGAACACCACCAAACUGUACACAAAGGAUUGCGAGUCAGUUGAGCCAGUGGAGCUCACGUCCUGUAAGGGAUCCUGUGAAACAUCUUCAUCAAUGUACUCAGCAGAGGCCAACAGUCUCAUGCAUUCGUGUACCUGCUGUCGAGAGAUUACCACCAGCAAGAAAGAAGUGGAGAUGAAGUGUCAAAAUGGCAGCAAAAUUAAACAUGCAUACGUUUCAAUUGAAAAGUGUGGCUGCCAAGCUGCUGAAUGUAAAGAGUGGGCCAAACGCUAACGGGAAACUGAAUAAUUAUUUGUUACAGCCUCUAUAUGGGCUUGCACACUAAUGCUUUGGGGAGGGAAAUGCAGCCCUGUGGAUUAAAGUGAUCCAAAGGGGUUUUGAAAAAUGCAACAUUUCUCUUUAACUUUCAAUGCAUGUUUGAUUUUGAGCAGCAGUAAAUUGCUGCGUCCGCUGUCUCCAACUUCUUUCUUUUGAUUCAAUAAAAUUCUUAUCCAGCAAUAA